CAGUCCCCCUCUUUUGCUUUACUAUUCUGCUCCUCCUCCUUGUUAUUACUGUCACAUUCACCCAUUUUCUCUUUUAUACUGAAAAUUUAUAAUAUUAUUUAUUAUGAUUAAUUAAUUUAUUUAAAGUAGUUAGUGUAGUAUAGUUUGAUGAUCAGUUGGUAAUUGGGGCACUAUCAUUUAUGAGGGUCACUACUCUAAGUCUCUCUAACUAGUCUUUCCUCUUUUCCUAGCUAAACAAACUCCAAUAGAAUUCAGAGAGAGAAAUUUAAAUUAAAAAAAAUAACCCCCCAAAAAAAAAAAAAAAAAAAAAAAAUUGUAGGGAGAGAAAGUUGGAGAGAGAAAGAGAUGGGAUUGGGGGUUUCAAGGGGGGAAACAUGCCCAACUUGAACCCAGCACCUCUAUUCUUUGCUUCCUUCUUCAGAUCCCAAAGCUAGUUGAGUGUUGGGAGACCGAACCUUGCUCGUGUUCGUGUUCGUGUUCGUGCUCGUGUUUUUGUUUUCUUUUCAGGUCUAAUCUACUACACUCAGAAUCUGCUUUGGUUGCGUUCUAGUUUAUCCAAAUGUCCAAUUUAUUUAUCAAUUAUCCUCCACAUUGGAAUUCAGAUGACCAGAGAAUUUCCGAAUCUUUAUCGAAGGGCUUGAGCUUGAAAAUGGAUUCCCCACCUCAACUUCAUCUCAAUGCUAGGUCAUUAGGCUUUCAUUUGCAAGAUCAAGACUCACCUUCAAGUCAAUCAACUCAGUCAAACCAUGAUAUGACUACUAAUACUGGAACCAAUUCUCAGGACCAAUGCAUGUCAUCUGAAUCUGGUCAAGAAGUCAAUUGUGGCAAGAACCUUGGUCAAAUGAAACCAAUGUAUCUAAUGGGUCAUCCAGAAGCUGAUUUUAAUAUUGGUCAAAUGGAUUACAACCGUGCAAUGGGAUGCAUGCCAUAUCCUUAUGGUGAUCCCUAUUACAAUGAGAUAAUGAAUACAUAUGGGACAACACCCAUUAUUCAUCCCCAUAUGAUGGGCAUGACAACUACGAGAGUCCCAUUACCUCUUGAUAUAUCUGAAGAUGAACCGAUAUUUGUCAAUGCCAAGCAAUAUCAUGGCAUUCUAAGAAGGCGGCAAUCAAGAGCAAAGAUGGAGGCCCAAAACAAGCUCAUCAAAGCUCGAAAGCCUUAUCUUCAUGAAUCAAGGCAUCUUCAUGCCUUGAAUAGGGUAAGAGGAUCAGGUGGUCGUUUCCUUAGUACAAAGAAGCAUCAACAAUCCGACUCAACCUCUACAAAUGGGAACCAUUCAAUCUCUGGCUCGAAUGCAUAUAAUAACAUGGUGUUUGAAUCCCAUCAAUCACAAUGCAUGGCAACAGGUACCUCAAGCAUCUCCACCAAUGGCAAUUCUUUUUACCAGCAACAAGACGGUGGAUUCUUAGGCAUCUCUUCUUCACAUACAGGUGGAGCCAUGCAACACAAUGGAGGGUUUAUAAACAACCCGAACCAGCAUCAAGCUCCCGUGGUCCGGUGAAAUUGGAAGGAGCAACUAACACAUCGUGACCAGGCAACUCAUCCUUGGCUUUUAAGAACUUCAUAUUAUUCUUGCUUGUAUUAGCCUUCUGGCAUUGAUUUCGUAUUCUAUGAAUGAUUCUGCUGUAUAUUUAAAAGUUUCGAUAAGUGUCCAAAAUAUUUGAUAUGGAUGAUCUUUUGACAUCCUAGUGUCAAAGUUUGUUAAAACUUGGUAUCGAUAUUAUUUGGACAUCAAUUCGGUAUUUUGUAAUAUUGUUCAGCAAACUAUUCUAGUAUUCCCUCCGAUUAGCAAGGCAAUCUUAUUUAAAUAAUUAUAAA